UUCCGCGGCCUCCGCUUUCUUGUGUUCCAGCAUGGCAGCGCUGUGUGAGGGAUACACGUUGUGCGGACUUGUUCCAGCCCUAAAUCAACUGAGCUCUGAAAUUCAGGGAAUCGAAGAGGAGAGGGACUGCGACCAUGUGAUCAUCACUGAUUCCACCAGAUCGGUGACUCUGUACAAGGUGUCUGACCAGAAGCCACUGGGCAGCUGGACGGUGAAACAAGGACAAACCCUGACCUGUCCAGCAGUUUUCAACAAGCACACCCAUGAGUAUGUGGCAGUGUCCGACAACAAGGUGAUAAGAAUUUGGAAGGAAGACGACAUCCUUUUAGACAAGGCCUUCAAGGCGACGGUGUCAGCGGAUGUCCGGGCGGUGCACUGUGCACACGGUGGGGAGCCUGCUGUCUUGUUUCGGAGAGGAGCUGUGAGGCUGCUGGACUCCCUGCUCUCUGCUCCCCAGCAGCCUGUAGAGGAGAUCCUGGUUCCGGAGGAGGCAAUCAGGUGGAGCACCAGCAUAGUGGCAGAAACACAACAGCUGAUCAUCUUCACAACUGAGCUGAAUGGAGACCAUUUCCUCUACCUGCAGAGACUUAACCCCAACUCUGUGCAGAAGUACCGGCUGGAGCCAGAGGGGCCUGGCCUCUCCCCGCUCAGCUUCUGGGCCUCCUGCAAGGAUAAAAACAUCUGCCUACUUUACCUCUACCCCAACGGUCAUCUGUACCUGAGUCUGGUGUCUGUUCGGGGUCCAGCUCCUGAUGAGGGAGCUCAGGUUGUUCCCCUGCCUCGCGAUCAGCUGCUGAGUCUCCCCGUGGGCGAGGAGCCGCUGGACGCGGCGUCGGCCAUCUUCCUGGACGACGCCCACGUGGCUGUGGUCGGGGUUCCACACCCUGCUGCAGGACCUGGAAAAGACUUUCUCUGCAUCUGGAAUACCAAUUUUCAGACUCUUCAGGCUGCAAAGGAGAUGGCGGGUAAACUCUACGGACAGCUUUGGAGUUAUUCAAGCAAGUUGUUUAUUCCACAUGGAAAAGUCCUCUCCGUUAUACCAUUUGCAUGCCCCAGAUCCUCCCUCGCCUCCGCUCUGGGAAAACUAAAGCAGGUCAAGACUGAGGAGACUAAGCCUCCAACUUUGGUGCCAUCUUGGAAUACCAUUUUACAUGGAGAGCAACCUCCUAAACCAGUGGAGACAAGGAAGCCGAGAACGACCCGUAGGACGCAGUCAGCCCCCAGUUUAACGAUCGACCAAGUGCAAAACCUAAUUAAGACAGCACCAGCAGAAGAGGUCCAAAAAGAGGUUGAGAGACUCCUGUCCAGGCAGGACCUCCAGGACCUGCAGCCGUCGUUGGGACAGCUGGCGUUAGCCCUGGUGUCCCGGAGCCUGGCUGAUCCAGCGUUCUACUCUUCCAGCUCUCUAACACAGCUCGUGCACACCCAGUGCCUCUCCCACAGCGUCUGUCCUGACCUCCUGCCUCUGGCCCUUGAGAAGAAGGAUUAUUUUCUCUGCCAGCUCUGCUUACAGUUCUUCCCCGACAUACCAGAAGCUGUGACCUGCGCAUGUCUCAAGGCGUUCAUCAGUUUACCAGAGGCCGAUUCCGAGAAGUUGAAUCUGGAGCCCGACAGCGUCUCUUUUAUGGAAAUGCUGAUCUCUAAUGAGCAUGCUCAGAUGGGGUUGCAGAACGGUUUUAGCCCAGCGUCCUGCGAGGAAGGCCGCACGGACACCAUUGGUGGCCCACAGACUAAAGCAGAAGAAAAGGGAAACGCCUCACCCAAACAGAGCUGUCCACUAGGAUUACACAAGGCUGCUCUGAUAAACGAGGUCCUGCAGACGGCCUACAGUGAAACGUUCCUCCUUCCGCACCUGAAGGAUUUUUCCUCUGAUCACGUUGUGCUUUUCCUACAGUACUUGGAGUUUCUUUACCUGCGAUAUUCCACAGACAGUUUCUCGCAAACGCACGGCUGCAGAUCCCCCACUUUGAAUCAGAUCUUGGAUUGGGUGUGCAUGCUGUUGGACGCCCAUUUCACCGUGUUAGUAAUGACUCCAGCGGCCAAAGGAUUGCUGUUGAACCUCCAAUGUUUUGUUAGAUCUCAGGUGAGACUGUUUUCUGAGCUCGGAAAGAUCGAGGGCAGCCUGCAGCAGCUUAAUAGCAUGAAGAUGAAGAAGGACGUCGGACAAUACUCCAUCGAAGUCAUUGAGCUGUACUAGGAAGUGUUUCGAUCAGUUCCACUUUCCAACUUUUCUGAUCAAGUGGUUUUGGUGGGUGUAUAAACCACCUAAUAUGCUGCGUAUGUCCUAUAAUGUUUUUAUUUUGCCCCAGAUGCUUCCUGCCAUAUUGGGUCUCACUGUGAAUAAAAGGAAUAUGUCAAUCUAACACACUCAUUGCUUUAGUUGCAGAUGACUAAAAAUUUGUCUGUGAAUGUAUUUUUCAAUGGUGGGAUUGUAACCAUUCCCCAGGAUUUGAAUGUUUAAUUCAGUCUGCUCUUAGCUCUGACAGGCGUAUAGAUAAGUAACGAUAAAGCCUGCUCAUGGAACAUUGUGGUACAUUUUUUUUAAUGUACAUUAUCAGAACUUAAAUAAUGUCCACGACAUUAAGUAUCCCCCCCCCCCCCCCAUGUUUUCAGUGUCAUAACGCAAUAGAAAGCUUGUAAACCUAUUAUGAAUUAUUACUGUAUUUUACACAUAAAAGAAUUUUAUGUUGAUUAUAAAUGUCUUAAAAAAAACAA